AGUAAAACAACAAAAAUGUGGCUUGUCUAUGUUUAGAGGACCACCAGUUAAAUAUUAAGAUUUGGCAUCCAUCUAAAAGCUUUCAUUUAAUGAAAAACACAUGGGAGCGUGUCUCUGCUUACAAGACUUGUGAAAAGUUAAUAACACUCACGGUCUUUUUAAAUGUUUUUACUUACUGCAAAGGGAAAAGAAUCAUUUUCAGUUCUAGUGGAAGAAGUGUGCCUUUAGAAUUAGACACAAAACAACCUGCAGCUGUACGUUAGCCAGUUAGCGCAGGAAGAACUUCUUGAUGUGGUGGGGAAACGUCUGCUUAAUCUGAAGCAUUUUUAAGACAAUCAUAUAAAAUAUGAGUGAAUCUUUCUGGAAGGGGCCCUUCCGAGACAUCCAUGAAGUUCUGGAACAGCGCUACAAGCCUCUGGAGCCCACGUUGAGAGGGGCAGAGCCAAUUAACCACUUACAGCUGGCCAGAGAGGCGCUCAAGCAAGAGGAUCAGAUGCGAAACCUAAAUGAGAAAAUGUUUCUGCCAUUUUCUUCUUACCACAAGAAAAAGAAGUAUGUCCCAUUAAUACAUUCUUCAAGCAAGUACGGUCCCUCUUCAUAUGGCCAGAAGCACUUCCGAAGUGAAGACCCCAGAAGGUGGAUCUGUGGCAAGGAUUUUCAGACUGUGUUACCAUCAUUUGAACUCUUCUCCAAGUUUGGAAAAUCAUAUUCGAAAGCUGGACAAAUUGUAUAA